AUGGCAGCGAGGGACCGCUUCGGUGCCUACGCUGACCCGGGCUUAACACCGCUACAAAGAGCUAUCCGAAAUGCCUGCGACCUGUCCCACUAUGAACCCAACCUCGCCCUGAAUCUUGAAGUGGCCGAUCUGAUAAACUCCAAGAAAGGCAAUGCACCUCGAGAAGCGGCUAUCGAGAUCGUCCAUCUGAUCAACUCGCGAAACCAAAACGUGGCGCUACUGGCGUUGGCAUUGCUCGACAUUUGCGUGAAGAAUUGCGGUUACCCCUUUCAUCUUCAGAUCAGCACCAAGGAAUUUCUCAAUGAGCUGGUCCGUCGCUUCCCCGAGCGCCCAGCCAUACGGCCCUCGCGCGUGCAGCACCGCAUCCUCGAGUCCAUUGAGGAGUGGAGACAGACUAUCUGUCAGACGUCGAGGUACAAGGAGGAUCUAGGCCACAUUCGGGACAUGCACCGUCUGCUACUUUACAAGGGCUACGUGUUCCCGGAAAUCCGCCACGAGGAUGCUGCGGUCCUGAAUCCCAGUGAUAACCUUCGUUCGGCCGAAGAAAUGGAAGAGGAAGAGCGUGAGGCUCAAUCCGCUAAGCUGCAGGAGCUAAUCCGCAGAGGUACCCCCGCCGACUUGCAAGAAGCCAAUCGGUUGAUGAAGGUCAUGGCCGGCUACGACAACCGACACAAGACGGAUUAUCGGGCCAAGGCGGCAGAAGAGGUGGCCAAGGUGCAGCAAAAAGCCAAGAUAUUGGAGGAAAUGCUACAGAGCCACCAGCCGGGCGACCGAGUUGCUGAAGGGGACGUAUUCGAAGAACUGGCGAGUGCACUCCAAAGCGCCCAUCCCAAGAUUCAGAAGAUGUGCGAGGAGGAGUCGGAUGAUCCGGAGGCCGUACAGAAGCUGCUCGAGAUCAAUGACAGUAUACAUCGCACGAUCGAGCGGUACAAGCUUGUUAAGAAGGGCGACUGGGAGGCGGCCUCUCAGAUCCCCAAGGGUACUCUGGGCACGACAACGGGCGUGUCGAAGAACGCUAAUAAUGAACUUUCCCUCAUCGACUUUGAUCCCGAACCCGCACCGAACGCCAACGGCAAUGGGGCCGUGGCUCCUACUGGAGGUAACUCUUUGGAGAAUGACUUGUUGGGACUGUCAAUAGACGAGCCUGCUCCGGCUCAUGGUGGAAUCUCGCCCAACUAUGACAUCUUUUCCUCGAUCAACACAUCUCAGUCGCCCUCACAGUCAUCCACGCCCGCCCCAGGUGGGCGGCCUCAGAGCAUCAACUCUUCUCCCGCUACAGCAACCCCUUCUCCUGCUCUCGAUCCGUUUGCGUCCUUGGUGUCUGCCGGGUCGCGACAGGCCAGUCCUCUGCCCUCGAGCGCUCAGCCGCCAGCAGGUUCGUUGUUGGACCUGAUGGGAAGCGAGCCUGCGCCACCAGCAAACAGCCAGACCAAGGCGCGGGAGGAGGACGAAUGGAAUUUCGCUUCAUCUCUGCCGGAAAGCAACGCGCUACCCAGCAUGAAUCGUGUGCAGGUUCUGAACUCGAACCUCCGAAUUGAAUUCAUGGCGCGCCGGCAUCCCCAACAUACACAGCAGAUUCAUGUGGUAGCCCUGUUUUCCAACAGUACUAACCAGCCACUGAGUGAACUACACUUUCAAGUGGCCGUGGAGAAGUCAUACACACUGCAACUGCGGCCGCAGUCGGGACGGGACAUUGCACCCUCACAGGCGAACGGGGUGCAACAGGAAAUGUUAGUAGAUAGGGUUCCGGUGGGUAAAGGAAACGCGAUCAAGAUGCGGUUCCGCGUCUCGUACCGGGUGGGUAGCGAGCGCAAAGAAGAACAGGGCAUGGUCCCAUCAUUGGGAAUUGCCUAA